GCAAGAUCGUGUUAUAUUUUGUCGGCUUCGAGAACAUGUGCUGUUGUUGAUAGCUCUUUCGGCGAUUUAAAUCGGCGUAAGACGUAAGAAAAAUUCGAAUUUGUGUAUCAGAUUGCGUUUUGUUUAGCACUUUAUCUCAUCAGUUACUCCUGUUGAAACGGCAAAUGUUGCAGGCCUUGCAGAAAUAAAAGAGUUUUCAAAAUCCAUUUCCCAUGUGCAAAAUAAGAAAACGAGCCUCUGAUUGAUUGGUCAUCUCCGUUAUGGAUAGAAGAAAAUCCAAAGAUGGCAGGGACAGAAAAGAGUCGAGUGCUGGAAAAACAAAGCCCAGGCAACCUGAAAGAGAUGAUUGGGAUCAUAAGGAUCUGGAUGAAGAAAUGGAAGAAAUAUUUCAUCCUGCAUCAGAUCAUUUUGAAAUUCCUGAUUUUACUGGUGAAAAGCCAGUUGAAGCAAGAACAAAAUUGGACUUGAAGCCAGUUGAUACAAGAUCAAAUUUGGAUGAAGUUGAUUAUGAUUUGCAUCGUAGGGAGAGUUUCCAGUAUCAUCAGCCUCUUCGCAAACUUUACCAUAAACACAGAAAAUCAUCUCACAGAAAAGGAGGAGAACAUCGCUCAUCAGUAUCUAAAUCUUGUAAAGAGCUCCCAUCAAGCCCUUCUCAAGAAAGAAAAGAACCACCUGAAGAGGUGCCAUCUUGUGACUCUUUAGAGAAAAAAUCUGAAGAUUCAGCUGCAUUGGUGGAAGCACCAACAGAUCUAGAUGAUAAAGUCCAGUUCUAUGUUGGAAGUUCAUCAUCACUAGAAAAUUCAGCUGUCUUAUCUUCUGAUAUAUCCCUUAAAGAAAAAAUUCCUCUUAAAUCAGUUCUUAAGGAAUCUACUAAUUUUUCAUUAAGUAGCAUAAGCCCUUCCCAAGUUACACCUAUUGGCUCUCGAGUAUCCCAGGAGGAAACAACUUUGCAGAAUGAAGCCAUUGGUAACAAACAGCAUAAAGCAGAGAAGGAAAAGGCAGUAGAAGUCAUUGAUUCAGUGAUGCACAAAGUGAAAUUCUUCUUUGGAGAAGAAUCUAAAGAAGACUUGCAAAAAGCUCCAUCAGAGACCAGUGAAACAAAUCGUUUUAAAUAUCCAAGAAGGCAAUCUAUAAGACGAAAGCAUCAUGGUUUUAAUAUUGAUCAGAAAUGUUACAAUACAGUUUUUGAACCUGAAGAAGCAGAAACUCUUCAGAUCUCUGAUUUGGAUUAUAUGGCUAGUCAUCGCUUUGAUGAUCCAAAAGGAAUGCGAAGACAUAAGGUGAAAGAUAUUAGAGCAAAGAAUGGAACCUCAGCCUUUAGUAUUAAAAAAGAAGACAUUGGAGCAAUAACAUUUCCAUUUAGCAAGAAAACCUUUGAUCAUAAUCCUCAUGAGUUAUUUGUGGAACUUCAUGAAUUGAAAGAACAUGAAUUAACUGAUUUUGUUGAAUGGAGACAAACAGCCAGAUGGAUUAAAUAUGAAGAAGAUGUAGAAUUAGGUCCUGACAAAUGGGGGAAACCUCAUGUACCUCCUCUCUCUUUUCACAGCCUGUUGAAAUUACGGCAAUGCUUAGAUUCAGGUGGUGUUCUUUUAGAUAUAGAAGAAAGAGAUCUGCUCAGCAUAUGCAAGAGAAUUGUAGAUUGCAUGGUACAAACAGAUCAAAUCGAUUCUGAUCAAAGAGAAGAAGUUUUAAAUUGUCUAAUGUUACGCCACCGGCAUGUGAAUGAAAAAAUGCUUCCUGCCUUAAGGAGAAACAGUUCAGGCUAUGGCAAUUUGAAUUUAUUAAGUCAUGAUAAAAACAGCAGGUCUCCUUUGUUUUUAAAAUCUUUUAAAAGCAAACAAGAAAAUGAAAUAAAUCGCCCUCAAAAUGAUGAAGAAUCAUCUGUUCCAUCAGAAACAGUGAUAUUGAUGCCACCUGGUGAGAACAGUAUUAAUAAUAUUGAGGUUGUGCCUUCAUCUAAGAGAAAGAGUUUAGCCCAUGAUAAAACUGUUGAACAAAACAUUCAAGGAAUCCAGCGUAGAGUUCCUGAGAAUGCUGAAGGUGCUGCUGUUUUAGUUGGUCAACUGGAUUGUCUUCAUAAGCCAGCAACUGUUUUUGUGCGAUUAGCUGAAGGCAAAAAGAUGCCACACUUUUUAGAGAUACCUAUUGAAGUACGAUUUUUGAUUGUGUUAUUAGGACCAUCUGAACCUGAUAUAGAUUUAGAUUAUCAUGAAAUAGGUAGAGGAAUUGGUGCUUUAAUGAGCAACGAGUGGAGAUCUAAAACUCGUAAGAAUUUUCACACUGCUGCAUACAAAGCCAAUAACAAAAAAGACUUAUUACGAGCAAUAAACAGUUUUCUUGAUACCAGUACUGUUGUACCUCCUGGCAAAUGGGAAAAACAAUCUCUGUUGCCCAUAGAUGAAAUCAGAAGAAAAAGUCUAGUUCCUCCUAAACGUUAUAAAGAUGAACCUAUCAAAGAACCAGAGAAACCUGUAUAUGAUCCUUUGCAGCGAAAAGGACGGAUAUUUGCUGGGUUUAUACAAGAUAUUGUUAAUCGUUAUCCAUGGUAUUGGAGUGAUUUUGUGGAUGGUCUGAAUCUGCAAUGUCUUGCAAGUGUAAUUUUUAUUUAUUUUGCUUCAGUCUCAGGAGCAGUAGCAUUUGGUGGAUUAUUGGCUGAUAAAACUGGAAAUAAUAUUGGAGUAUCAGAAACAUUAAUAGGAACAAGUAUUUCGGGGAUAUUAUUUGCUCUUUUAUCUGGUCAACCACUCAUAAUUAUAGGAACCACUGCUCCUUUGGUAUUAAUUGAUGAAACUCUAUACAAACUUGAAGAUCGCUUCACAUCUCCUUUUCUUGUGAUAAGAAUUUGGAUGGGCAUAUGGAUUGCUAUUUUUGCAACUGUAGUUGUUGCUGCUGAAGGAUCUGUUUUAGUAAAGUUCUUCUCAAGAUUCAUGCAAGAAAUAUUUGCAACAAUCAUUUCUUUAAUAUUUAUUAUUGAAGCACUUAAUAAGUUACAUAGGAUAUUUCUUGAAAAUCCAUUACUUCCAGUAUACUGUAAUGAAACUAUUAGUAAUACUUCUUUCUUUGCUGCUGCUUCAAAUGAAUCAUAUUUUAUCAUGGAUUCAAGUAAUAUUUCUACCUUUGAUGAAGAUUUUACCAAUAGCUCCUCCUUUCCUGUUGAUUCAAUUAGCAGUCCAUAUUACAAUGUGGAUCAGAGUAUUCCUGGCUCACCAAAACCUAAUACAGCAUUAUUUUCAACGAUUUUGAUGAUAGGAACAUUUUAUAUUGCUUAUUUUUUGCGACAUUUUAGAAACAGCAAAUUUCUUGGUAGAAGUGCAAGGAGAGCCUUAGGGGAUUUUGGUGUACCAAUAGGAUUGUUUACUAUGGUUAUUAUGGAUUAUUUUGUACCAAACACAUAUACAGAGAAACUUUCUGUUCCUGAAGGUUUUAAUCCUAGUACUGACCGAAGUUGGGGGCUUGUACCAUAUCCGAUUGCUUUUUAUGAAGUUGCACUUGCUGCUGUUGGUGGCAUUCUAGUAUUUAUUUUAUUGUUCAUGGAAACUCAAAUUUGUGAAUUGAUAAUAAGCAAAAAGAAAGUAAAAAAAGGCUCUGGAUUCCAUGUAGACAUGGUUGUUGUGGGUGUAUUAAACUUGCUUAAUGGCUUCCUUGGCUGUCCUUGGCAGUGUGCAGCUGCUGUGAGAUCCAUUACUCAUACUUCAAGUUUAAUAGUGCUAAGCAAAACACAUGCACCUGGAGAAACCCCUAGAAUAGUUGAAGUCAAAGAACAACGGUUAACUGGUUUACUCGUUUCCUUAUUAAUUGGUGUUUCCAUGUUUAUGACUCCUCUUUUGAGGCAAGUACCUCAAGCUACUUUAUUUGGUGUGUUUUUAUAUAUGGGCAUAUCAGCUUUAAGUGGCAUUCAUUUAUAUGAACGUUUUCUUCUAAUAUUCAUGCCAACAAAACAUUAUCCAGAUUUCAACUUUGUUCGUAAGGUGCGAACGAGCAAAAUGCAUUUAUAUACAUUGAUACAAAUAUUUUGUAUAGCUAUCCUUUGGGUAAUCAAAAUGUAUGCUACUAUUGCAUUUCCUUUUGCUCUCCUAUCUAUGAUACUGGUGCAUUCACAAAUAAAGCGCCUUUUUACUGAAGAAGAAGUUAAAGCUUUGGAUGGAGAAGGAGAGGGUAGCUCAGAUGAAGAAGAUGAGCCUGAUUUCUAUGAACAAGUUGUAGUAUAAAUAUAUGUAUACAUGCUUAUGGGAAGAAUUUCUAUUUUUGAAAAAAAGAAAAAAAAAUAGUAAUUUUAAAACUGUUGUUACCUUCAACUAUUCUAUUGUAUUAAUAGAAUAGAAUUCAGUCAUUGUGUUUUUACUUUUGACUGAAUAAUGGUGACUAUUAGUUUUGUUUAAACUUAGGCAACUGACUGAAGAAUUUUUUGGCAAAAUAACAGAUGCCUUAAAUUUGACAGAACACCUUUACAUGUUUCUGUGAUAAAACUGUGUAUUUUUGACAAUUUCCAUUGUGAGAAAAUUUAUUGUUGUGCAUACUAAACUGAUUAAUAUGUUCCUAAAAUCAUUUUUAUAGUGAAAUUAUUGUGUAUUAUUAAUUUAAUAUUAUUGCUUUGAAAAGCUUAUUACAAUUAUUUUGAGAAGUAAUCAGAUGCAUUUAAAGUUGUCUUAUUAGUUUGUAAAAAGUUUUCUUUGGAAGCUUUAUUCAGACAUCAUGUAAAUAAUAACAAAAUUGUUUAAUAAAAUGGAAUGAACAACUUAAUAUUAAUUAAAGUAAAAGAAAUCUCAAAGAAUAAUAUUUUAUUGUGAAUAAUUUCUUAAUAUAACUCAACAGUUUAAUUUUUAGCAAUUGGCAUUUAAAAGAAUCUGUAUGUUUAUUUUUAUAUGUAUGUAUAUAUAUAUAGUAAAGCAGCGUUUAUAUUUCUUCCAGAAGACUGGCAUAAAAUGGUUUAAAAAAAAGAUUUAUAAUCAAAAUUUUAAUGAAAACUUUGUUUAUCUUUACCAAUAAUAAAGCUGAAAGUAAGUGCGUGCACGAGCAUUUGCGCUGUACAGUCUAAACUGCCUUGCAGCUACCAAUUUUUUUGUAUAAUUCGGAAAUAUAUCUACUUUGUAGGAUAAGAAAAUAUAUCUUGGAGCAAUUUUCUUGAAAUUUUAGUCAAAAAUUAAGUUGAAUUUUGGUGUUUUUCCUGAAUAACUUCCAAAGAUAUGAUUACAAGAAAUUAAUUUUUUACGGGUUCAAAAUUUUAAAAAUUGUUUAAUGAUACCAAUUUAAUAG